ACUACGGAAAAAAUAACCCUAAUCCUUAUUCCAACCCAAACCGUCUUCUCCCAUUCUCUCUCUCCCAUACCCUCGCCCUCGUCUUCUCCGGCUCACCCUCCACGUCGCCGACCGCCUAACCUCCUUUGCUGCUCCGUGCCUAUCACUCGAUCUCAGAUUUCAACUGAGAGGGGUGCGUCAAAAUGAGUGGACCAACCAAGAAAGUCGUUGAUGUUGCCUUCAAGGCUUCUAGGAACAUUGACUGGGAUGGCAUGGCCAAGCUUCUUGUGACUGAAGAGGCUCGCAAAGAGUUCGCCACCCUCCGUCGUGCCUUCAAUGAAGUCAACACAACUCUUCAAACAAAGUUCAGCCAGGAGCCUGAACCUAUUGACUGGGAAUAUUAUAGGAAAGGGAUCGGAUCUCGCCUGGUGGAUAUGUAUAAGGAGGCUUAUGACAGCAUUGAAAUCCCAAAAUAUGUAGAUACAGUCACUCCUCAAUACAAGCCCAAAUUUGACUCAUUGUUGGUGGAGUUGAAGGAAGCAGAAGAGAAGUCUUUUAAGGAAUCAGAGCGUUUAGAGAAGGAGAUUGCCGAAGUUCAAGAGUUGAAGAAAAAGAUAAGCACCAUGACUGCGAAUGAGUACUUCGAGAAACAUCCGGAGCUGAAGAAGAAAUUCGACGAUGAAAUCCGGAAUGACUACUGGGGCUACUGAGGAAACAAAUAUGCAUUUUCUCCAUUUUGACUAUAAUUUGGUGCCUUGUCUGUCUCGUGUCUCAUCCUUUAAUAAAUAUACAUAACCAAAUUGUUUUCUUUGUAAUUUGGUGACUGCAUCUCCAUCAAAAAUUCAGGGCAAUCGAUCAUCUUUUGUCUCAUAAUCGUUGAACAAAUUCUUGGAUGUGCAAAAAUAUUUUGGUUAUUAUUGGAUUUCUUGCAAAAUAAUUCGGUUGAAGCCAUCAACAGUUUAUAUUGAAAUGAGUAGUUUCAUCA